GACUUGCAUUGAGCACAAACUAUGGAAUAAGGGAAAGGCCAAAAGAAAUAAUCAUCGAAUAGAGUCACUCUUUGUGAAUGUGUGAUUCUUAUGAUUGAUCAAAAAAAUUAAGUGUAGCUUAAGUAGGACACUAUUUAAGUAAGUAACCAUUAGAAGCACAAUAUCAACCUUUCCAAUGCUUCCUAACUAAAAUUCACCCACUUCAUAUUCCAUACAUAACUACCUCCUUCUUUUAUUGCAUCAACAUUCAUUCCUUUUUUCUAACUUGUGAUCUUCAUUCUUUGUUUAGAUUACUUGCUUAAUUCUUAAGAAAAAACUUGUAUAAUUUUUAAGCUUCAUCUCCUUACUUUUCUUGAACAUAUCUAUAUAUAUACACACACCCUUCUUCAAGUCCAAUAAUACACCAUCACUUUUAGAUCAAAGAAAUAUUUCAUUAAUUUCUAUUUUAUUUUUUUGAAGAAACUAAACUAAACGAGAGAGAAUCGAACCUGAAACCUCGAGGAGCAGCACACUCCCAGAUCUCAAACCAAUACCACUCGGUCAACCCAAGUGGGUUUUAAUUUCUAUAUUUUUAAUAUGGGUUUGGAGAAAAGUUUUGUGAUGGUGGUUUGUAUCCUUUUGGGUAUAAGUGAAAGAAGCAUGGGAUGGAAGCAUAAUUAUGGAGAAGCAUUGUCAAAGAGUAUAUUGUUCUUUGAAGGGCAAAGGUCAGGGAAAUUACCACCAACACAAAGAAUGACUUGGAGGAAGGAUUCUGCAUUUGAUGAUGGAUUUCAACUUUAUGAUGAUCGAUUCUUUGAUAAAGUUGACUUGGUUGGUGGUUACUAUGAUGCUGGUGACAAUGUGAAAUUCAAUUUUCCAAUGGCAUUUUCAACAACAAUGUUAGCAUGGAGUGUAAUAGAGUUUGGAAAAUUCAUGGGACCAGAACUUAACAAUGCCCUAGAUGCAAUAGGUUGGGCCACAGAUUAUUUCCUUAAAGCCACAAAUACCCCUGGAUUUGUUUUUGCACAAGUUGGUGACCCACAUGGUGAUCACAAUUGUUGGGAGAGACCUGAAGAUAUGGACACACCUAGAACAGCAUUUUUUGUUAGUGCUGAGAAUCCUGGUUCUGAAGUUUCUGCUGAAAUUGCAGCUGCACUUGCUGCUUCUUCUAUUGCUUUGAGGAAAUUUAGUCGUAAUAUUGCUUAUUCUGAAAGGCUUCUCCAUAGGGCUAAAACGGUUUUUGAAUUUGCAGAUAAGUAUAGAGGAUCAUACAAUGACAGCCUUGGUCCAUAUGUAUGCCCAUUCUAUUGUAAUUAUGGUGGCUACCAGGAUGAAUUGGUGUGGGGAGCAGCAUGGUUACUCAAAGCUACUAAGCUUCCUUAUUAUUGGAAUUACAUUAAACAAAACAUUCACAAUGUGAAAAACUUUGGUGAAUUUGGAUGGGACUCAAAAGAUGCUGGCAUCAAUGUUCUAGUUUCUAAGCUUCUAGUUAAUAAUCCAGCUGCUAAACCUUUUACCCUCAAUGCUGACAAGUUUGUUUGUGCUGUGCUACCUGAAUCACCCUUAGUUUCAGUCAAAUAUUCUAGAGGUGGGCUUCUAUUCAAGACUAGUGGGAGUAACAUGCAGCAUGCAACAGCAUACUCGUUUCUAUUUUUGGUUUAUGCUGGAUAUUUGAAUAAAGCAAAUAAAAAGAUUGAUUGUGGUGGUGGAGUUUUAGCUUCAUCAUGGAGACUUAAAAACCUAGCAAGAAGACAGGUAGAUUACAUACUAGGAAGCAACCCAUUGGGUAUGUCAUACAUGGUUGGAUAUGGACAAAAGUUUCCUAAAAGAAUACACCAUCGUGCAUCAUCAUUACCUUCCAUAGAUCAACAUCCAAGCAAAAUUGAUUGCAAAGGAGGAUCCACUUAUUAUGAAACCCAAAACCCAAAUCCCAAUUUGCUUUUAGGAGCUGUUGUUGGGGGUCCUAAUAUCAAUGAUGAGUAUGUUGAUUCUAGAGCUGAUUUUGUACACUCAGAACCUACAACAUAUAUCAAUGCACCACUUGUUGGUGUUUUGGCUUAUUUUAAAUCACAUCCAUCCUAAAGUUAAGUCUUAUAUUGGUUUGUGAGAAAGAAAAAAAGGAAAUGUAGGAUGCUUGUAUGGAAGUACUUGUACAUAAUAAUUUAUAGGUGGCUUUACCAUGGUUAAAUGUUCAUCCAGCCAUAGAAAAAAAAAACAUAAGAAAUUGAGUGGUUGAGAUGUUAGACAGA